AUGCCUCCAAGGCCCUCCUCAGGAGAACUAUGGGGGAUGCACUUGAUGCCCCCCAGCAUCCUAGUGGACUGCCUUCUGCCAAAUGGCAUGAUUCUCACGUUGGAGUGCCUCCGGGAGGCCACACUGAUCACAGUCAAGCAUGAGCUAUUCAAAGAGGCCAGGAAGUACCCUCUUUACCAUCUGCUGCAGGAGGAGAGCUCCUACAUCUUUGUCAGUGUCACCCAGGAGGCAGAGCGGGAGGAGUUUUACGAUGAGACCAGGAGGUUGUGCGAUCUUAGGCUCUUCCAGGCCUUCCUCAAAGUCAUUGAGCCAGUGGGCAACAGAGAAGAGAAAAUUCUCAACAGAGAGAUAGGUUUUGCUAUUGGAAUGCCUAUAUGUGAGUUUGAUUUGGUGAAAGACUCAGAAGUGCAGGACUUCAGAAGGAACAUUUUAAAUGUCUGCAAAGAGGCUGUAGACCUCAGAGACAGUAACGGACCCCACAGCAGGGCUUUGUACGUAUAUCCUCCCAAUGUAGAAUCGUCUGUGGAACUUCCGAGGCACAUCUAUAACAAGCUAGAUAAAGGUCAAAUCAUUGUAGUCAUAUGGGUUAUUGUGUCACCCAGCAAUGACAAGCAGAAGUAUACCCUGAAGAUCAACCACGACUAUGUGCCGGAGCAGGUGAUUGCCGAAGCCAUCCGUAAGAAGACGCGUAGCAUGCUGCUCUCCCAGGAGCAGUUAAAGAUGUGUGUGCAGGAGUAUCAGGGAAAGUACAUCCUCAAAGUCUGCGGCUGUGACGAGUACUUACUGGAGAAAUACCCUCUGAGUCAGUACAAGUAUGUGCGCAGCUGUAUCAUGCUGGGACGGAUGCCCAACUUGAUGCUAAUGGCGAAAGACAGCCUGUAUUCCCAGCUGCCCAUAGACAACUUCACCAUGCCGUCAUAUGCCAGGAGAAUAUCCACAGCGACGCCAUACAUGAACGGGGAAACAGCCACCAAGUCUCUGUGGACUAUCAACGGAACGCUGAGGAUCAGGAUACUGUGCGCCACUUACGUCAAUGUCAACAUCAGAGACAUUGACAAGAUUUACGUCCGGACUGGGAUAUACCACGGUGGGGAGCAGUUGUGUGACAAUGUCAACACCCAGCGCGUGCCCUGCUCGAACCCCAGGUGGAACGAGUGGCUGAACUACGACAUGUACAUUCCAGACAUCCCCCGUGCUGCCCGACUCUGCCUCUCCAUCUGCUCGGUGAAAGGAAGGAAGGGAGCUAAAGAGGAGCACUGUCCUCUGGCCUGGGGCAACAUCAACCUGUUUGACUACACCCACACACUAGUAGCAGGGAAGAUGGCUCUCAACCUAUGGCCUGUCCCGCACGGCAUGGAAGACCUGCUCAACCCUAUUGGCGUCACAGGCUCUAACCCCAACAAGGAAACCCCUUGUCUGGAGCUGGAGUUUGACCAUUUCAGUUGCCCUGUCAAGUAUCCUGAUAUGACCAUCAUUGAGGACCACGCAAACUGGAAUAUUUCCAGAGAGCUUGGCUUCAAUUACUGCCACACCGGUUUGAGUAACAGACUGGCACGUGACAACCCCCUGACCGACACCGAUAAUGAGCAGCUACGCCAGGUGUGUAACAGAGACCCGCUGUCUGAAAUCACUGAGCAGGAGAAAGACUUCCUAUGGAGGCACAGACAAGACUGCGUCAACAUGCCAGAGAUCCUUCCCAAGAUCCUCCUGGCUGUGAAAUGGAACUCCAGAGAUGAGAUUGCACAGAUGUAUUGCCUCCUGAAGGACUGGCCUACUAUCAAGCCGGAGCAAGCCAUGGAGUUGCUGGAUUGCAACUUCCCUGAUCCUAUGAUCCGAGACUUUGCCGUAAAGUGCCUUGAGAAAUACCUAACUGAUGACAAACUCUCACAGUACCUCAUUCAACUGGUUCAGGUUCUAAAGUAUGAGCAGUACCUUGACAACCCUCUUGCACGCUUCCUGCUGAAAAAGGCAUUAACCAAUCAGAGGAUAGGACAUUUCUUCUUCUGGCAUUUAAAGUCAGAGAUGCACAACAAGACAGUGAGCCAGCGGUUUGGCCUGCUGCUGGAGUCGUACUGCCGGGCCUGUGGCAUGUAUCUGAAGCACUUGAGCAGACAGGUGGAGGCCAUGGAGAAACUCAUCAAUCUCACUGACCUCCUCAAACAGGAGAAAAAAGACGAGGCACAGAAGGUUCAAAUGAAGUUUCUGGUGGAGCAGAUGAGAAGGCCUGACUACAUGGACGCCCUGCAGAGCUUCACCUCCCCACUGAAUCCAGCACAUCAGCUGGGAAACCUCCGCCUGGAGGAAUGCAGGAUGAUGUCAUCAGCCAAGCGACCCCUAUGGCUUAACUGGGAGAACCCAGAUAUGAUGUCAGAGCUGCUCUUUCAGAACAACGAAAUCAUCUUCAAAAAUGGAGAUGAUCUGAGGCAGGACAUGCUGACGCUGCAGAUCAUUAGGAUAAUGGAGAACAUCUGGCAGAACCAAGGCCUUGAUCUCAGGAUGCUGCCGUAUGGCUGUCUGUCAAUCGGUGACUGCGUGGGUUUGAUUGAGGUGGUGAGGAACUCUCACACCAUCAUGCAGAUCCAGUGUAAAGGAGGCCUAAAGGGGGCACUGCAGUUCAACAGCCACACACUGCAUCAGUGGCUCAAGGAUAAGAACAAGGGAGAGAUGUAUGACCAGGCCAUAGAUCUGUUCACGCGCUCGUGUGCAGGCUACUGUGUAGCCACAUUCAUCCUGGGCAUAGGGGACAGGCACAAUAGCAACAUUAUGGUCAAAGAUGAUGGACAGCUGUUCCACAUAGACUUCGGACAUUUCCUCGACCACAAAAAGAAGAAGUUUGGGUACAAGAGAGAACGCGUGCCCUUCGUGCUCACACAGGACUUCUUGAUCGUCAUUAGCAAAGGAACUCAAGAGUGCACCAAAACAAGGGAAUUUGAAAGGUUCCAGGAGAUGUGUUACAAGGCAUACCUGGCAAUCCGCCAGCACGCCAACCUCUUCAUCAACCUCUUCUCCAUGAUGCUGGGCUCGGGGAUGCCCGAGCUGCAGUCAUUUGACGACAUCGCUUACAUCAGAAAGACCCUGGCCUUGGACAAGACCGAGCAGGAGGCCCUGGACUACUUCAUGAAGCAGAUGAACGAUGCUCACCAUGGCGGCUGGACUACCAAGAUGGACUGGAUCUUCCACACAAUCCGCCAGCACGCCAUGAACUGAAGCGACGAAUAACACUAGAGAGGAGUGAAGGACGGUGGCAACAGCAGCACACUAAGAACUAAAAGAAUAUUGAGAGGCGAGCGAGGUAUCCCAAACACACUAAGGCCUGGUUAAUACUUCUGCCAGCGUGGGACUCUGAACAUGACACAGCGGUGCUCAGACGGGCCUGUUUCAGGGACACAAUGCCUAAAUGCUCUUGUUUCUACAGGUUUAUGAAUUUUCUUCUCGCUGCACUAUGAACUUCAGAAGGCAGGGUGGAGUUAGUCUUCAUAUGAUCUACGUGGAAUGGACCCCGACAACAUUGGCCUUCCUAGUGUGAACAAUUUAUGGUCAAAGUUUUAUUUUUCAUAAAUUCUUUUUCAUUUGUAUUUCUUUUCAGUCCAUCUUCAACCAUCAGCAUUAAGAAAGGAACAUCAUGAAGCGGUGUAACUUGAGCACAGCCAGCUUUUUCUAAUAUUUCCACUACCUAUUUUGAAGUGAUGAAGACGGGGAUAACGGUGCACAGAGCCGGGCCAGCUGAGACAGACUGAAAGGGGACGAUGAGAAGCCUGGCCCCUUACAAUCAUAAGAAACAAUCCCACUCUUACUUCUGAACUGACAGAUGAUGUGUUGUUAAACACUUAAGCUAGCAUUUAACGCUUUUGGAGCAAACUUAAAUAUCAACUUUAUUUUUAACCUACAGCUGACGUGUCCAGAUGAACUGACUUUUGUACAGCAGUAUAUCCAGACUUGUAUGCAUUCAGUGCACAUAUUCCUUUUUUGAGUCUAUUUUCUACUGAGCCAAAGUACGAGAUAUGUAACCCCCACUACUCAGCAGUCUUAUUGUAAAGAAAAGAAAAGAAAUAGUCACUACUAUUCCAAGUCUCUCUCGUGUGUACUCGGCACUGAUCUCUGCAGUAUUUGUUUUUGUUUCGUCUAAUCAGUAUUAUUCUGUGUCCGAUGUCGGGGCACGAAUGUCCGUCAUCCACCCCACGCAGUCGGAACCCAGACGGACCGGGGAAGAUGCUCAGCCGUAUAAGAUGAUGUGAGUCGGUCUUUGUUAUCCAGCUGAUAAAGGCAAGAGACGCAGGGGAGAAGGAUGUGCAGUGGGCCUUUCGUGUGCUGUUACACUAUGCAAGUUGUGAUAUAUGUAAUAUAUAUAUACUGCAAAAAAGAAAAGGAAAGUUGAAGCGGAGAGAGACAAGCUUCUACCCCGACAUGCGCACACACACACACACACACACACACACACACACACACACACACACACACACACACACACACACACACACACACACAGACAAGUGUGUCAGUGAACUUUGUACAGACAGUACAUGGAAGAGGAAGAAUGCUGCACUGUAACGGAAUCGACUACUUCUUCCCAACAAAAAGAACUGUGAGAGACGCCUUCGGACCCUGCCUUUUCGCUUCUCCUUACCAGGUUUAUAUUCGGAGCUUCAGUCUAAGCCAUCUGUAAAAUGUUUGAUCUGCUGAGUUUUGCCUCCUUGUUCUCGAUCACACAUACGACAGAUACUUUAAAGCAAUGCUUCGCUCACAAGAUGAUCAUUCGUAUAUCAAGUACUCGCCCCGUGUUACCUUGAAUUCAUGAAGAAAACGUUGUUUUUCUCACAGGCUUCCAGGGUGAACAAAGAAUCCAAAAACUGAGAAAAGUCUUGAUGAAUGGAAGUAAAUGAGGCCGCGUUCAACAACCGCACAACUACAUCCAAACAUCCGUUGACAACCUCUCACACACCUCUGCAGUAUAACCACAGUCUCAUGUAUCUCAUGCUCACUACUUCACAAACAAGCGUUUUCUAAAACCUUACUAUUAAAACCAUGGUUCCCACAGGUCGUUGAUAUCCUUGAAAGUUUGUGAAUUUGAGGGGAAGAAAGCAAGGCCUUGAAAGUUUUUGUAAAUUGACAUAAAUCAUUGAAAGUGCUUGAGUUUAUAUAUUUUGUGCCAGAAUAGAAAUUGAAGUUCUAUCGAUGUUUUUUUCCAGCGAGCUUCAGUAAAGCCUGCGAGUUGUCAUUGUAAAAAGUUAGUGUAAUUGACUGACUCGUUUCUCACACCUGUGCAGGUUCUUUGAAUUUGAGAGAAUUGGGCCUGGAAAGUCCUUGAAUUUUAUGUUUGAGAAGGUAUGGGAACCCUGUAAUACACUUUUGCAUAAAGUCUCACGAGUACGAAGUGUUUUAAAUGGUAAUGUUUUAGUGCGAAUGUGUUGAAGGUAGUGAGCAUGCGACUAAUGAUACACGAGACUGAUGACACUGCAGAGUGCUGUGAGAGUUUGUAAACGGAUGCCUUGAUGUAGUCUUCUGUUGUUGAACGCAGCCCCAUUUACUUCAAUUCAUCAAGACUUUGCUUAGUUUCUUGAUUCUUCGUUCACCGUUGGGCUUAAGUUAGCUUAAAGAGUUAAAGGUAACACGGGUAGUAAUUGAUAUACAAAGAGUCGUUUUGUGGGUGAAGUUUUCCUUUAGGACGGACUCUCUCCUCACAUUUGCCAUAUGGUCCAAGAUCGUCACAUCCAGGUAGAGAAAAGUAACCGAAGUGAAUUUCUUUUUUUCAACCUUCCAAGUGUCUUCUUCCCUCCACUUUCCUAUGAUUGUCACCCUUAUGUGUGGAAGAAUAGUCUUUGCAGGUUUCGCUCACUGCACAGACGCAUACGUAAGAGGUAAAUGUAAAUGUUCCAGCUUUACCAAAUGAAACACAACAGGGCGGUUUCCUGGACACUCAAGUCUGUCUGAAAGUCCAAUUUUUUUGUUUUUCUGUACAUGGCUACAGACUGAAAGCUGCUCAGGAAACCGAUCCUACUGAGAUGCAUGUGCUUCUGUACAGGCUACAGAGCAGCGGGCCGGACCCAAACUGAGAACUAGACCCCAUAUACGUUGUGGAAGAACUCUCUGAAAGAUGCUAUUUCCCUUUGUACUCGUUUUCUGUUUCUCACACUGCAUUAUGCAUGAGGUCCUCGAAUAUCUACUUUUGUUUUUUGUUUUUGUUUGACCUGAUGUUGUUUACUUGAAUUUCAUGUAUAGAAAUGACCUUGUUACUUGUGUAAGGUACAACAAAGUCACCAUGAAGGUAACAGAUAACUGCUACUACAUGUGCAAAUGCUUUCCUUGAAUAACUACAGAGGUAAUAUAUUUUUGUAUUUUUAAAUGUAAGCAAACUCGUAUAUGUAACUGCUAACCGAAAAAAAAAAAGGAGGAAUCAUGCAUAACCGUGCACCAUCCUCAUACAAAGCCUAGUAGACAGCUUCUAGUUGUUGAAACGAUAUGAAUGACAGAGCAGAGGUGGGUUGUUGAAUGAAGGACGAGGACUUGAUGCUGUCAGAGUACGAUCUUCACAUCAAGUGGAGAUCUCUUGCCCUAAGUGGAAGUCAAGCACAAUAAGGAGGAAGACGCUAACCUGCAUGUUUUAAAAAAAGAACCAGACUCCUAUGUUAGUUAUAUAUCCAUCUGUAUAUAUAUAUCAUGAAACCUCUUCAAAUAUUUGUUUUUGUCAUCCUCAUAUUACCAUGUCUGAUAAGAAACUGUAUGCAUUCAUUUAUUGUACUGUUGAAUAAAAACAUUUCUCCCUA